ACAUGUGUUGAGUAACUCUCCUCGGUACUCAGGUGUAUCCUUGAGCUCCGUGUGGCUGCUUGUGAAGACACGACGCCGGGAGGUUAUCCACACACACGCCGGGAGGAGGAAGGGGACAUACCGCUUCCGUCAUGGCGGUGUCGGCUCACGUCUCCAAAGUCCGGUCUUUAUACAAGAGGAUUCUGGUCCUGCACCGGUUCCUGCCCAUAGACCUGAGGGCCCUCGGGGACCAGUACGUGAAGGACGAGUUCCGGAGACACGGAGGAGCUGCUCCCGAGGAGGCGGCGGGCUUCAUGGCCGAGUGGAAGGACUACAAGGACACCCUGCAGUCUCAGGUCCUGGAGGCGGCAGAAGGGCAAACCGGCUCCGUCCGUUUCGGGGCCAACCUGUCGGAGGGGAAGCUCGGCAACUUCCAGCACGACCAGAUCGGCCAGCUGUACGAACUAAUGCUGGAGUCCACCAAGUCCAGCAGGCAGUUCGACAUCCAGAAGGAGUGCAAGUGAAGCCCGGUGGGCUCAGAUCACUAAUAUAUGACCUUUUUGAACGCUUGAGAUGAGAAGCGGUACUCUUUAUAUUAAAAGUGCUGUGUCAUA